AUGAAUAUAAAUAUCUGUAAGGCGCAGGGCCCAGAUAAGAUCCCAAACAUUGUACUAAAAACGUGUGCAACCCAACUUGCCCCAGGAUUGGCUAUUAUAUUCCAACACUCUGUGGAUGCUGGAAAACUCCGCCAUGACUGGCUCUGUGCCAACAUAGCACCUGUAUUCAAGAAAGGAGAUGUUCACCUUGCAGAGAAUUAUAGACCUGUCUCACUCACUUGCGUCGUAUGUAAACUUCUAGAGCACGUCAUCUGCAAACACAUUCUGGACCACUUAGAAGAAAACAAUAUACUUACGCAUUAUGGAGUAAAUGGUAGCAUAAACGCAUGGCUAAGUGAUUUCCUAACAAAUCGGCUGAUGAAAGUUGUGGUAGAUGGCGAGGAAUCUGAAGCAGUCGAAGUUGUCUCAGGAGUACCCCAAGGAACUGUACUGGGACCACGGAUGUUCCUGUCACUUCAACGACUUACCUGA